CCAUAAUAAUAAAGUUGCCUCCAACAAUAAUCAGGUAUCGUUGUCACAACGGAGCCAGCUUUCGUUAAAUUACAUACGAAUGAUUAAAUUGUAUUCCUUUGUUUUAAAAGUGUGUUUAUUAAAAAAAUUAAAUUUUAUAAAUACAUCAAGUAUGCAACAGUGUAUUUAUUGCACUUGAUUAAUUAAUAUUUUGAAUGGUUUUUUUAAAAUACUGAACUCUAAAAUGAAUACACCGAAUCCAGGAGAAUCAACUGGGGAUAAACGCUUACCCGAAGCAAGUGUCCAGAGUGUGCCGCAUAAUCUAACGACUUUACAAAAUGUCCAAGGCCUACAGACAGUGCAAACUAUUGUCCAGAGUUCGGUGCAAACAAUUCAGUCGACCCAAAAUAUCGUAAAUACAAGUGCGGCGAUCGUCGGUAAAUCGAUAUCGUUAGAUUUAAAUCAAAAAUUACCAUUGAUGAAGUCUGUCGUGCAAACCGCGCCGUCAACCAGCGAGCCUGGAAAAAUACCACCGAAUUUUCCUCCGGUUGGCUCAACUUUACGAAUAACUGUACCUUCGACACUCACUGUUGAUCGGCAAGUCCAACCGCAGAUGCAAAUCCAAUCUUCUCAGCCUCAACAAACUACCCAACAAGUUGUUACAACCAUCCCAGCUACGUAUCAUGUUCCUCGUGGACCAGCAGCAGUUGCUAAUAUUUCAGCACCUAGAUCUACUGUGGCUACACCAAUCGUUAGAGCUAGUACUACUGGUCCAUCUGUUGUUCCGAUCUCAAGAGUCGGAGUAACAGCGGCUGUAACAAAUACUCAGUGGCUACCAAAAGCGUCAAUGACGCAUACGCAACCUCAAAGACUUCCAGUACCACCAGUAAAUCGUGUAAUAACACGACCGCCUAACGCUGUUUAUAGUGGCCAACAGCAACAACAACAACAACAACAACAACAACAACAACAACAACAACAACAACAACAACAACAACAACAACAACAACAACAACAACAACAACAACAACAACAACAUCAGCAGCAGCAGCAGCAGCAGCAGCAGCAACAACAACAACAACAACAACAACAACAACAACAACAACAACCACCACCACAACAGCGGCUGGUAGCACCAGCUCAAGCACGACCAAUCCAAACUACAGUAGUAGCCAGUGUAACUCCAGGAACUCCUUCAAGACUGUUGACUCCGGUUUUACAAUCUAAUAGUGCAAUUACGCGGAUACCUGUGGCACAGCCACGGCCUGUUGGAGCACAAAUAGUCAAUACCACGACAGCUGUUCAAGCGGCGAUACGUCAUACACCCCAAACAAUUCAAAUAAGUCAGCAGCAGCAACAGCAACAACAGCCUACUCGGCCUAUCACCACUGUAGCUACCAAUCGCGUUACAUUGACAGCACCUGUAGGAACCGCUAGUCGGAUAACUAAUACAACUCCCGUAGCGAUACAACCAACGAUUGGUAGACCGCCGAAUCCAACAUCUGGAGUAACAACUGCAAGUUUUAAUCGCGUUGUAAUUCCUUCCCAACAAGUACAACAACCUGGGCAGUCGCAUCCUCCUGGUACGAGGGUUGUACAAACAAUAACUUCUUUAUCAAAUAUCAAUACCGUCUCCCGAAUCAUUGCUGCCACAACGAAUCCAUCUAAUAUUGCAAGAGUUACACCCUCAACGCCUCCAUCUGGGCCAAGAAUAACACUACAUCAGUUGCCUAUCGCGACAACUCGGACAAUUCCCGCUCCGGUAAAGCCCUUGGUAGCAGGUCAAGCUAUCGCUCAAGCGGUUCAAAUAAAAUCUACAGGACAACCAACAACUUUGAGAGUCGCGCAGGCAAAUGUUGUGGGUACUAGCUCUAAUAUUUCAGCAAUCACGACAGCAGCAUCAAUUGUUACCGGUACACCAGCCUCUACCGCUACUAUUAUUAUUAAUAGUAACAAC